AUGCCACCAAUUCGCUCUGCAAACGCGCAGAAACUAGCCAAUCAAGAGGGCAAGAUCCUAUUAGCCCUUUCUGAUUUAGAAAAUGGCCGUAUCAAUUCUCUUCGCGCGGCGGCAAAGCUAUACGCUAUACCUCGCUCUACUCUGCAAGCGCGCGCUGAUGGCCGGCUGUCACGCGUUGAUAUACACCCAAAUGGGCGUAAGCUUACUGAAUUAGAAGAGGAUUCGCUUGUUCAAUGGAUUAUCUCUAUGGAUGAGCGUGGAGCAGCGCCUAGGAAGGCUACUGUACGCGAAAUGGCUAAUAUCCUACUAAGCGCGCGCGGUAGCCACAGGAGCCACCCUCCGCCUACCGUUGGUGUUAAUUGGUCAUCAAAAUUCAUCGACCGUCGCCCUGAGCUUCGCAUGCGAUCAUCAAUACGGCAUGACUACCAACGCGCACUAAAUGAAGACCCUAAACUGCUACGAGAGUGGUUUUCUACCGUACAACGCACUAUCGAUGAGAACGGAUUUGCAAUGGGCCUUAUAUCUACGCAGAAGGUUGUUACGCGGGCAGAAAUGUAUGGCAACGGCCGUCGCCUUCUUCAACCAGGAAAUCGCGAAUGGGUUACUGCGAUUGAGGCAAUUGGCGCUGAUGGCUAUUCGCUUCCGCCAUGCGUGAUUUUCAAAGCUAAGGUUGCCAUCGCUAGUUGGUUUGAUAAACUACCAAAAGACUGGCGAAUCGAGGUCUCUACCAAUGGCUGGACUAGUGAUGAGAUUAGCCUACGUUGGCUACAAAAGCUCUUUAUCCUAUCGACGAAUUCGCGCGUACGCGGUCGGUUUCGGCUAUUGAUUCUUGAUGGCCAUGGUAGCCACCUUACGCCCCAAUUCGACCGAAUCUGCGUAAUAAACGAUAUUAUACCUCUUUGUAUGCCUUCGUAUGCAUCGCAUCUACUCCAGCCACUAGAUGUUGGCUGUUUUGCAGUGGUUAAACGCGCAUACGGCCGCUUUAUAACCGAUCUUGCCCGCCGAGGAUAUAACCAUAUCGAUAAGCUCGAUUUCUUAGAUGACUACCAACGCGCGCGGCUAGAGGCCUUCCAAAAGCCAUUAACUAUUCAAAACAGCUUCGCAGCUAGUGGUUUAGUGCCAAUCGAUGCAGAAAGGGUCCUUUCAGGGCUAAAUAUCUCUCUACGAACGCCUACACCACCAAGCAGCCGGCCAAGCAGUAGAUCUAGCCAAUUCACACCAAAAACGCCUAAAACCAUCGCCCAGCUAUAUAAGCAAUCUUCAAUGCUUAAAGAUCUAAUUGACCGGCGGUCCCAAACGCCUACCCCCCUACUAACUCAGCUAGUAAAGGGGUGCGCGACGGUCAUGCAUAGCGCUGCUCUGCUUAGCCAGGAGAACGCCAAUCUACGCGCAGCCAACGAGAAGAAGCGCCAGAAACGCCAGCGGUCAACUAGGCAGAUACCCUGCGAAGAAGGUCUAACCGUUGAAGAGGGCCAAAGACUAGCUGAACAGCUAAAUCAGCCAGUGGAAGCUGAUGGGGUAGGAUCGCAUGGGCAGGGCGAAUUGCCUAAUCAGGCAAUUAAACCACCUACCAGGGCCCCGCCUAGGUGUAGUGGGUGUAGAGAGAUUGGCCACAGGAUUAAUGUAUGUAAAAACCGCUAUAUUUAG